UUUUGUCGCGAGUCACUGAAAUUGUCAAAAUAAGCGAUUUAAUUGUUAAAUAUUAUAGUAUUGACCUGAUCUAUUCCAGCUAAAUUAAAUCAUGUUGUUAAAUAAGUAAUCGCACUUUCAGAAAUUGGAAGAAUACAGAGUAUUCCUGUGGGUUUUCAUCUGUCUUAUAGAGGAUUUCUUUUUGUAAACAAACAUCCGUCGAUUGCUUAAUAUCUGUUAUUGACGUCAGUCGUCAGUGACAUUUUAGAAAAAAAAAGACAAAAUGGAAAAAGCUGCUAAAGCAGUUAGAAGGAGCAGUGCUCGAUUGUUAUCAUUUGGUGCUGGUCACAGUGAUUUAAAUGUUUUGAUAUCAGAAUUAAAAGACAUGAGGAAUAGCCAGAAAGCUUACGCUAAUUCUCAAACAUCAGCCUGUCAGGAUUUCCUCAAAUGGUCAACAAAUGCUGAAAAUAGAGCACUACAGGAUGUUGCCAAUCAGUUGUCCGAAUUAAACACUCUAUGGACGGAAGUACAGAGAGAAUUUACUGAUCAGUUAAAAGAAUAUCGUCAAACGUGGGAGAAAGUUUUAGAAGGGGAGAAACAUGUAAAUCAAUCGAAAAAUAAUCUGGCAGCAUGUGAUCAGAGAGAAAAUAAAAUAAAACGUGAAUUAAAGAAAGCUUAUAAGAAAGCUCCUCGUUCUGAACUCGAGGCUUUAGAAGCCAAAUUAUCCCAGGCUGAACAAGCUAAAGACUUUGCCCAGUUAGAAGUUGAUGAAAGAAUGAGAGAAAAUGAAGCUAUAAAGUUAAUACGUAUAAAAGAAGGAUUAUUAAAACUCUCCAACUCGUAUAUAGAUUUUGCACACAAUACAGCUGUUGUGUUUGAAUCACAAAGAAAUAUAGCUUUACAACUACCUGAUGUACAUGAUCAAGAAUUAGAAGAUAUAAAAUAUACUGGUUCAGGGGCUACUAAACACUAUGUAAUGAAAGCAAAAGAUGAAAUUAAGAAAAAUAAAGAAAGGGCAGCUCGAUCUCCAUACUAUGAACCUCCACCACCGUACUCCCCAACCGACAACGUGACCAGCGAUAGCAGCAUCAACUCUUCAUUAAAUUCCUCAGCCAAUCAUGGUGCCUCUCCUCGACGCCGAUCAUUACCGCCGUCACAUGGUCGACAGAUAACAGCGGAAGACUAUGAAUGGAGGAGUGAUGACAAUGGCGAAGAUUUAACGGGAGCGAUGGGAGGAUUUCAUAUCAGUUAAUGUCAUGUUCAUCGUAAAAAAAAAUUGUUAUCUUGUAAAUAUUACAUAAAAUUGUGCUAUUCCAAAAAACUUAAAGAUGCAUUAUGCAAGAGCUAAAUCUGCAUAUUUGCUUCAAAUGUUAUAUAAACUAUUUUUUAGACAUUUAUUUAUUCACAUGACAAGCCUAUAAUCAACUCUCUAGACUAUUGGAUGGCUGAGAUUUAAAUGGAUUAGAACACUUGCAAGAUUUUAAAGUUUAAUGAUAAAAUUGAUAACCCUUUCUACAAUAAUAAACAAUCU